AUGCUCGGAGACCAGCGGCAGCGACAGCUACCAAAGCUCCCCACAGCAGCGUCAUUGGAGCGCGAGGCACCGACGUCAAUCAACAACCGCCGUUGCGCUCACGCUUGUCGACCUUGCCUUUCUCUCAACUUGCUGUCGCUAGGAGAUGUAGCCAUGGCCUUUCAGUGGAAGGCAUUCGACUUCUUCGACGUCAGCCAGGUCCGGCUCGCCGAUGAGGAGACCCGAGUCUUCUUCGAGAGCAACGAGAUCGCUAGUGUUUGCUCCGGUUCCGACAGUCUAUUCCUCGGUAGCUACGAUGGAUACGUUCGAAUUGUCGGUUCGAGUUGGAAGGUGGUGAAGAGCUUCCAGGCUCACGAGCUCGGGACGAUCACACACAUGCGCCAGAUCGAGGGGACAAGCCUGCUUGUUACUGUAGCUGAAGACCUCAGCAGCGAGCCGGUGUUGAAGAUCUGGGCUCUGGAUAAGCUGGUGAAGAAGACCAAUAUGCCGACUUGUUUAAGCACUUUGCAGAUCAACAAUGGCAGGAAGCAAUUUCCGAUCUCGGCUAUCGAUGUUCUCGACAACCUUACCCAAGUAGCAGUCGGCUUCGCGAACGGCACGGUGACCCUGAUCCGAGGCGACUUGAUCAACGACCUGGGGGCGAAACAAAGGACGGUGCACGACUCAGAAGAACCUAUCACAGGCGUGGAGCUCAUGACGGAUUCCCAAGAUGUCACGACCCUAUUCAUCUCAACAACAGCCCGAAUUCUGAAGCUCGGGAUUUCGAGAAGGGGCCAUAGCUCCCCGCCCAAGACUGUGGAAGACAUGGGAUGUCACGUUGACUGUAUGACGGUUGACAAGAAGACAGGAGACGUGGUAGUCGCCCGAGAGGAUGCCAUCUACACCUACACCUUGGAAGGCAGAGGAGCGCCGCGUGCGUACGAAUCGCCGAAAAGACUAGUUUCGAUCUACCAGGAUUACGUUGCACUGGUAUGCCCACCAUCGGCUUCCACCACCGACAAAGGCAACGACACUAUGCGCCGACGCUUUGGAGGUGGAGGUGGAGCAGCGGAUGCGCUCUUCAACGCAUCAACGUUCAUUCUUCUCGAGCCAGACCUUAGAGUGCUCAGCCACACACAAUCUCUGAUCUCGCCUUUCAAAGCCAUCUUCCAAAUUUGGGGUGAUCUGUUCGUUCUCACACAAGAUGGCAAGGUAAACCGAUACCAUGAAAAGUCACUGCAACAGCGCCUCGAAAUGCUGUACCAGCGCAACAUGUACCCCUUGGCUAUUGAACUGGCACAAAAGUCACGGCUGGAUGCGACACAGCAGAGCGGCAUCUUCCGACGCUUUGGAGACCAUCUGUAUCAAAAAGCUGAUUACGACGGUGCCAUGGUCCAAUACAUCAAGGCGAUCGAUACUACUGAACCAUCACAGGUCAUCAGAAAGUUCCUCGAUACACAAAGGAUACACAACCUGAUACAGUAUCUUGAGCAGCUACAUGAGCAUCGCAAGGCAACGUCUGACCACACAACAUUGCUUUUGAACUGCUAUGCGAAGCUCAAAGAUAUCGACAAGUUGGAGGCAUUUAUCAAAUCACCCGGUGAUUUAAAGUUUGACCUCGAGACUGCAAUCACUAUGUGUAGGCAAGGAGGCUACUACGAACAAGCUGCGUAUCUUGCCAAGAAGCACGGCGAAAUCGAAUUGGUCGUGGACAUCCUGAUAGAAGACUCCAAAUUGUACAACGAGGCUCUCGAUUUUAUAUGGCAUCAAGACCCGGAAGUGGCAUUCCCUUGCCUCAAGAAGUAUGCCAGAGUUCUCAUCGAGAACUGUCCAAAGGAUGCGACCACAGUCUUCGUGGACUACUACACUGGCAAGUACCGUCCGAGGCUACACUUUGUACCGAUUGAGGACAACGGAGAGGCUGUUGUAGCCGGCGGCAUGGUGGCCGGUGCAGCAAGUGCCGUCCAGAACCUUUCCAACUUUUUACCUCUGCCAUACAUGAACACAUCUUCUCUUCAAAGCCCAUCCACACCGGGCAAUGGAACAGCCAUCAACGGCGAUGCUCAGAUCAUCUUGAAUCCCGACGACAUUCCUGCGCCGAAAUACACCCCACCGCCUCCAAGGACUGCUUUCUCAUCCUUCAUCGACCACCCAGACGAGUUCAUUGUUUUCCUGGAGGCAUGCCUAGAAGACACAGGUCUUAAGGAAAGCGACAGGACAGAUUUGUACACCACACUCUUUGAGAUGUACCUACACAAGUCAAAUGAGAAGAAAGGGGAGCAGCAUCGAGAAGAGUGGGAGAACAAGGCGAAGAAGCUCAUCGAAGGAGAAGACAUUCCGAUGGAGAGUUCCAAUGUCCUGUUGCUUUCGCACCUUUCUGACUUCAAGGACGGCACAACCUUGGUCAAGGAGCAAUCCGGUUUACUCUUUGACAUUUUCCGAUCGUACACCUCAGCCAAAGAUACCCGCGGAGCCAUCAAAGCCCUUCGAAAGUAUGGCCCCGAAGAACCGCAACUAUACCCUGCAGCCCUGGCAUACCUGACUUCCGACCCCCGAAUCCUCCGGGAAGCCGGAUCAGAAGAGCUUUCUGCCGUCCUCAACAAAAUCGACAAGGACGGCCUCAUGGCACCGUUGCAGGUCAUCCAGACGCUGGUCGGCCAGUCCGGCUCCUCAGGCGGUGUCGCGACAAUGGGCAUGAUCAAGCCUUACCUCCACGAGACGAUUGAGCGCGAGCGCAAGGAGAUCGCCGCCAACCGGCGCCGCAUCUCGGCCUUCCGCAGCGAGACAGAACAGAAGCGGGCCGAGCUCGCCGACCUCGGCUCCAAGCCGGCCGUGUUCCAGUCGACGCGCUGCGCCGUCUGUACGGCACCCCUCGACCUGCCCGCUGUGCACUUCCUCUGCAAGCACAGCUUCCACCAGCGGUGCCUCCGCACCGAGGGCGAGUGUCCGCAGUGCGCCAACGAUAACGCGACGAUCCGCGCGCUGCGCAAGACGCAGAUUGAGACGGCGGGGAAGCAUGAGCUGUUCAAGGCCGAGUUGGAGCGCAGCGAGGAUCGGUUCGCGACGGUGGCGGAGUGGUUUGGUCGCGGCGUCAUGGGGGCGCCUAAUGCUGACACUGCGUAG